AAAUAAAAAGGAAGAAUAAAAAAUCCCCUCAUUUCUGAUCUUGUGCAACUGAGGACAGAGUAAUAAAAAUUUUGAUUUUUUAUUUAAUGUAAUAUCAUUAAUUAUAGUGAAAUUUAAUCGUUGAAGGAACAUGAAUUGGUUUUAUUGUAUAAUUUUAAAGCUGCAGGCCUGAAGCCCCCACUUCCUAGGGAAGCAAAAGGGAGAGGUGAAGAAGGUGCAACAUGCAUGUGAGAGUAACAUCUCAACAGAUGUGCUUAAUGCAAAAUUUCACUACGUGUCCAAUUGUAAUCCUGGUUCAGUCAAGAAGGCAACUCCUUGAAGCAACAACCAACCCCUUCGGAAAACUACCAUUAGUCUAUUGCCCACACGCAUCGAAACCUCAUGAGCUUGCAAGUCCAUAUAACGUCAACUUCUUGCUUCUCUAUGGUCCUAACCUGAAUCUUCCAAGUCUUCAAGUCUAAGCACACAAGCAAAGCAAACCAAAGCGGAGAAAACAUAGAAGAAAAAAGAGGGUGAAAAAAAAAAAGGCAAAAGAGAAAGUAAUAAAAUAUUCCCCCCCUUUCUUCUCCUACAGUUUUCAAGUCUCCAAAAUUAGACUUGAACAUAAUUGAGUUCUAUUUCUGGAUGCCCAAAAAAGUUGGGAGCUAACAGGGAAAGGGUCAGAGAUGGGUGCUUUGUCUAUUGUUUCUCUGCUUCCUUUAAAGCGAAGACCAUCUGUGUUUGAGCAGAACAGCCCUCUCUGCCCCUCCAGAAGAAAACCCAAGAAGAGAAUCAGUCCUGUGGCAAGAUUAUUUGGGCCAUCAAUUUUUGAGGCUUCAAAGUUGAAGGUGUUGUUUGUAGGGGUUGAUGAGGAGAAGCAUCCGGCGAAGCUGCCGAGGACUUAUACACUAACACAUAGUGAUAUUACUGCUAGGCUUACUUUAGCCAUCUCACAGACAAUAAAUAAUUCUCAGUUGCAGGGAUGGUCCAACAAAUUGUACAGAGAUGAAGUUGUGGCAGAAUGGAAGAAAGUGAAGGGAAAGAUGUCUCUUCAUGUUCAUUGUCAUAUAAGUGGAGGCCAUUUUUUAUUAGAUUUAUGUGCAAGGCUCAGAUAUUUCAUCUUCUGCAAAGAACUCCCUGUGGUGUUGAAGGCCUUUGUCCACGGAGAUGGGAAUUUGUUUAACAAUUACCCAGAAUUACAAGAAGCUUUGGUUUGGGUUUAUUUCCAUUCAAAGAUUCCAGAAUUCAAUAGGGCAGAGUGUUGGGGCCCUUUAAAGGAUGCUGGAGCACCUUCUUCUGGGGUCCAUAGACCCCAUGAAAGCAACCAGCAGGCAACCCCAGCAAGUAAUUGGGACUUGCCCGAGCCAUGUAAAGAGAACUGCGAGUGUUGUUUCCCACCAAUGAGCUUAAUCCCUUGGUCACAAAGACCACCCCACAGAGCUGAAGGGACCCAGCAGAGCAUUCAACAAGCAGCUCAAAAACCCUAAAUGGUUUGUCCAUUUGCCCCUAACGUCUUGUCGCGCCUGAUUGUUUUCUAUCAGAAGGUAUUGCUCAUGUAUAUUUGUAUGUAGGGAUUGAAAAUGGUAUGCCUUCCUUGGGAUACAUUUAGACUCCAAGCUCUGUUUUUCUUUUGUAUUUAUUGGAAUUAUUUUAGUUUUAUUGUAGGAUGUGUGUCGAAUUUAUCCUGAAGAAUUUGUGAUAAUUAGUGUGGUUCCAUCAUAUAUAAAUUUUUUUUACUCGUAA